AUGUUACCGCCGUACGUGCUGCUCCUGCUACCCCUGCUCGUCGCAGCGCAGGUGGGACCGCAAGCGACGAGCACGCUCGCCCGAGAGACGAGGCGCGACGACGGCUCGCCGGAUGCCCUCGACCUGAUCGGAGAAGGCUUCCUGGACGUCGUCGAUAUACUUCUGCCCGCCUCCAAAUCCCACGACAAUCCGGAAGAGCGUAAGAAGAAACUCAAGCUGAACAAAUACGUUCUGCCCUUAAUCGUCGGAUUCGUACUGAUAAAGUCGAUUCUGCUGCCGAUCGCAUUGAAGGCAUUGGCUGUUUUGAGCGGGAAAGCGGUCGUAUUGAGCCUGAUGAGUUUGAUAUUGGCGGCCAUAGUUGGGCUGAAGAACGUUGCCAAGAAGGAGAGUCACCACGACGAGUAUAACAAGCACAGACGGCAGGACGUUUUCGAUUUCAUGAGCGACGAGCAGGAAUUGGAGCCUUACAGAUACUACAAGGAACGACGUAGAAAGAAGUGA